AUGGAAUUCUUAAAAACUUUUGAUUCGGAUGACGACGUAGAAUUCGUCGAGACAUUCUUCAACGUUGUGCAACACAUUCACGACGAAGAAAGUUUGAAUGUUGCUCGUACAAGGAUGGUCGCCAAUCAUGAUCCCCAAGCCUCACGCGACUUAUUGAUACGUGAUUACUUUGCCGAUAAUUGCCUUUAUAAUGACGACUCUUUCGAACGUCGUUUCCAUCUGAAUAAGACUAUAUUUUUACGUAUUAGUAACGCUUUGGAAUCUCAUUAUGAUUUUUUCAAACAAAAACCCGACGCUAGAGAAAGAAUGAGUUUUAGUAGUAUACAAAAAUGUGCGGCUGCUCUUAGGUAUUUGGGAUACAGUAUAUCAUUUGAUGCAUCUGAUGAAUACUUAAGAGUAUCCGAGAGGACCGCAGUUGAAUGUGUCGAUUGGUUUUAUGCAUGUGUGUAUGAGUCUCCUAGUUUCAACGAUAUUUGGACUGGCAAAGCACCUGAUAUGACGUUCACGGUGAACGGGCAUACGUACAAAUAUGGUUACUACCUUGGUGAUGGGAUAUACUUGGAUUAUUCUACAUUGAUGAAUGCAUACUCGGUUCCUCGAAGUGAAAAUGCAAAGUUGUUUACAAAAAAAAAAAAAAAACAGGAAUCGGUGAGAAAGGAUAUCGAGAGGGCAUUUGGAGUCCUUUAG